CCAGGUCUGACGUAGCUCAACUCCUCCCAUCACUCGUGAGAUAAACCAGGAAACCAGCUUGUUGUUAUUCUCCCUCCCUGAGAAGAAGAGUGUGUGAGUGACCUUAACUUUCAGACCAAAUCGACAGCUUCCACUGAAGUAGAACGGCUACAGCUCAGCAGGAAAUACUGGGAAUACUGGGACUACUGCUACUGGUAAUAAACUGUACCUUGGUGCUGAUGGUAUACUAGAAAGAAGAGCUUUAGGAGUAGGCUAUCAAAAGUGAAAGUAACUGCACAAGUGGACAUGGCUUCCAGAUUAGAGAAGGAACUCUCUUGUCCGGUUUGCUGUGACAUUUUUAAAGAUCCAGUCGUCCUGUCAUGUAACCACAGCUUCUGUAAGGACUGUCUGCAGAAGCAUUGGGCAGACAGUCAAACCUCUGAGUGUCCGGUCUGUAAGAGAAGGUGGUCAAAGGAAAUACUUCCCUUUGACUUUGCGUUGAAGAGCCGGUGUGAGGCCUUCUUACUAGAGAGAGGAUCCGAACCACUCUGCAGUCUACACUCCGAGAAACUCAACUUCUUCUGUGUGGACGAUCAGCAGCUGGCGUGCAGCGUCUGCAGAGAUGCAGAAACACACAGCGGCCACAGGUUCAAACCGGUCAACGAAGCUGCGCAGGACAGCAAGAAAAAGCUUCAGGAUUCCUUGAAGCCUUUGCAACUCAAACUGAAGCGUAUUCAUCAAGUUAAAGGAAACUGUGAGCAAACAGCAGAACACAUUAAAGUCCAGACGGAAAGCACCGUGGGGAGGGUGAAGGAGGAGUUCAGGAGGCUUCACCAGUUUCUAGAAGAGGAAGAGGAGGCCCGGAUGGCUGCGCUGAGGGAGGAGGAGGAGCAGAAGAGUCAGAUGAUGAAGGAGAAGAUUGAAGGUCUGAGCAGAGACAUAUCAGCUCUUUCAGACACAAUCAGAGCCACAAAGAAGCAGAUGAGAGCUGAAGAUGUCUCGUUCAUGCAGAACUACAAGGCUGCAUUGGAAAGAGUCCGGCAGCAACCUCUACCCAAUGAUCCAGAGCUGGUUUCAGGAGCUCUUAUCGACAUGGCCAAACAUCUGGGCAACCUGAGCUUCAACGUCUGGAGCAACAUGAAGGAGAUGGUCUCCUGCAGUCCCGUGAUUCUGGAUCCGAACUCUGCUCACCCGGACCUCAUCCUGUCUGAAGAUCUGACCGGUGUGAGGCGUGGAGAGGGAAAGCAGCAGCUUCCUGACAACCCAGAGAGGAUCGACCACUUCAUCUCCGCCGUGGGCUCUGAGGGAUUUAACUCCGGGUCUCACAGCUGGGAGGUGGAGGUCGGAGACAACGCGGCCUUCGUACUGGGCGUGCUAACGGAGUCGAUCGAGAGGAAAGGCAUAAUAUGGUCCGGGUUGUGGAGAUUGAUGUUCUCCGGCGGUGAAUACAAAGCUCUCUCGCCAUCAGACACAGGGUCAGAUGUGUCAGUGAUGAAGAACCCGAAGAGGAUCCGAGUGCAGCUGGACUGGGACAGGGGACAGCUGGUGUUUUCUGAUGCUGACACGAACGCACAAAUACACACCUUCGCACACACUUUCACUGACAGGCUGUUUCCAUAUAUUAGCACCUGGAAUGACAUCCCGAUAAAAAUUGCAGCAAUGCAGGUCUCUGUGAGAGUGGAGUGAUGUCUGAUGUAUACAAGCUACUAAUCGAGUGUUCUAGGGAUGACGUAUUUUUGUCGGCCAACCAGGAAGUUAGCAUCGCUCUGGUUCCCUCGACACAAAGCCAAUGGGAUUGUUCCAUUGUUGUAACAGCAACAAAUCAAUGAAUAUAUAUUUAAUAAAAUGUACUGUACAAAUAUUUUAGAUACUGCAAAAACUGCACUUUUCAAUGUAUCUAUUUAUCACUUUAUGCAUUAAAUGUAAGAGUUUAAUUUACAGUCAUUUAUCAAGUCUACAGUAAAACAGUUUUUAGUGUCAGUAUUUGUAAUCUUUAUCAUUAUUAUCAUGUCUCAGCUGUACAGUCAAUUAAGCUGCAUGUACAUUAUUUGCUUUUGAUCAACAGAAAAAAAACAACAACUAGCUGAGCCAGAUUUAGCCUAGAAGGCAAAUUUUCAUGUUGUCCGUAGUGUUAAAGAGAGUAAAGGAAAAUAAAACAACAUAGCACAA